AUGUCGAUCGGAGAUGAUUACGAGCCGCUUGAAGUUAUCGGGAGAGGAUCCUAUGGGAUAGUUCGAAAAGUUCGUUUGAUCUCGGAUGGAUCGUACCACGUUAGAAAAGAGAUUGAAUAUAAUUCCAUGAAUGCACAGGAAAGAAACCAAUUGAUCUCAGAGCUUCGGAUCUUGAGAGAAUUGAACCACCCUAACAUUGUAAAAUACUACGCCCAUGAUCAUUUACCUGACAAGAAGCUGAUCCAUAUUUAUAUGGAGUACUGUGACGGUGGUGAUUUGGCAUCAGUCAUCGCAAACUUCAAGAAGACGAAAACUGUCGUUCCGGAAGAGUUUGUGUGGAAUGUUUUGGUACAAACAUUGUUGGCCUUGCAUCGGUGCCACUAUGGAGUAGAUGCAUCGAAAGUCAACUUAUUCAAUCAAGAAUCCAACAAUUCGUCAACCUCCGAUGAACCUAAAAUUAAUAGUGAUACUGUCAUUAUACAUAGAGAUAUUAAACCAGAUAAUAUCUUCAUGCUUAACCAAAGCGAAACUCAAAUUAAAUUGGGGGAUUUUGGCCUAGCAAAGAUGCUUACAUCUAAGAACGAGUUUGCCAAGACGUAUGUGGGAACACCCUACUACAUGUCUCCGGAGGUACUCAUGGAUCAGCCUUAUUCCCCUGUCUGUGAUAUUUGGUCAUUGGGUUGUGUCCUAUAUGAAUUGUGUACUUUACAACCUCCCUUCCAGGCGAAAACUCAUUUGCAAUUGCAAACUAGGAUAAAGAUUGGUACGUAUAAGCCAAUAUCUGAACAACAUUACUCUGUCCAUUUAAGAACAAUCAUCGAUGAUUGUAUAACCGUUGAUGUUGAAUCGAGACCUUCAUGUUUUGAAUUACUAGAAAACUUACCAAUAAAAUUCUUAAGGAAAGAGAUGGAGUUAAAGGAACGUCAGUCAUCAUUAAAUGACUUCCAAAGGCAAUUGCUUGUGAAGAACGAGGAAUUGAAGAAGAAAGAAUCUUUCAUUCUGCUGCUUGAGAGAAAGGUCUUCAGCCAAAAGGAUGAUUUAGAGACUGAAUAUCAGUCGAUGUUGAAGAAAUUCAAUACUCAUAAAAAGAAGAUUGAAGAAGAAUUGAUAGACGAAUUUGAACUUCGUAAAAAGGCCAUGGAUCAAGAAGCAAAGGAAGUGAGAAUAGGAUAUCAAAAGGAAUUUAAAUUGGUUGUAGAACAAGAGGUUCAAAAUAGAUUGAAUGAGAUCAUGGAUAAAUUCAAAUUGUAUAAUCAGCAGCAACUCCAGAACACUCAGCAUCAACAGGUUCACCAGCAGGCGCAACUGUUGCAACAGCAGCUUCAGAACCAAUUGCAUAUCCAGCAACAGCAACUAGAAACGUUCAAGAGAAAUGAGGGCCCUACAAGAAGCAUAUCCACCGAAAGCUUCAAGCUGCUGCUGCUGCAACAACUGCUGCUGCUGCUGCUGCUGCUGCCUAUCAAAUUGAAGGGCCCCAGAGAACUAGAACGGGAACGUGUUCCGUUGAAGUCUCGUAACUAUAACGAUGCGGAUGAAUACCACUAUAAAGCAACUGCAUUACCCUCAGCACAGGUACAGCUACAGCCACAGCAACAGCAACAGGCAAGAAUGCCAGGUGCCAACUACAGAACACGCAUAACAGAUGAACUUGAAAGAGUGAAUCUCGAAAAAAGACAUACACCGGAAUACGAAGAGUUAUAUAUUCGUAAAAACUUUCGUAAUUAG